UCCGCCAUUUGACAGUUGACAAAAAAAUUCCGGUAUCGCAUACCGCGCGCGUUUUCCUGGGUUUCGAGUAAAAAUAAACAAUAUAUGAGAAUAUCAGUUAAUCAGGGGUGAAAUUUACGUCUUUUCAUAUAAAUUCAAGAACCCCUAACAUUAGUUUGUUCACAAUAUUAGUGAUAUACUUGACGAUUGCCGCAAAAGAAACCGUUAGAAAUUUCCGUUUCAUACCUUACGCGUAUUUGAACAUCCGAGUGCACAUUUGUCAUCUACGUGUGAACCACUCCCGUUGUGGGUUUACGAAGAAUUUUCUCAGAUCAAUAGUUGCUAGUAUGGCAGUGAACGUUUAUGCCACAAACGUUACGAGCGAUAACCUCAGUCGUCAUGACAUGCUGGCGUGGGUUAACGACUGCCUUUCGUCGUCGUUCAGCAAGAUAGAAGAAUUGUGCACGGGAGCAGCGUACUGCCAAUUUAUGGACAUGUUAUUUCCUGGCAGUGUACCCUUGAAACGUGUCAAGUUUAGGACUGUGUUGGAGCAUGAAUAUAUACAGAACUUCAAAAUACUUCAGGGUGGAUUCAAGAAAAUGAACGUCGAUAAGAUCGUCCCGAUCGAUAGGCUUGUCAAAGGCAGAUUCCAGGACAACUUUGAGUUUCUGCAGUGGUUCAAGAAAUUCUUUGACGCGAACUACUCGGGCUCUGAACCUUAUGAUGCCCUAGCUAUGAGAGGAAAUGAACAGAUGGGUGGAGGUGGACAUAGUGCACCUCGAGGGUCUGGUUUGAUAAAACGCAAUACACCCCGUGAAGCUCCAUCUAAGCCUGUUGGCAGAGCCGGUGAGGGGCCUCCAUCUCCCCUUCAAGCGCCUACUUCGAAGCCAGUAGGCAAAGCUAUGCCUAAAGUCCAACGUCCAGCACCAAAACUAGCUGCUGUUGGUAAUCGUGGUGAUUCUGGAAAGAUUGAAGAGCUUAGUGCACAGUUGAUGGAGCUGAAACUGACCGUUGACGGUUUAGAGAAGGAAAGGGAUUUCUACUUUGGUAAACUUCGAGAUAUUGAAGUUAUGUGUCAAGAUUGUGACAAUGGUGAACCACCGCAAAUCGUUCAGAAGAUCUUAGAUGUUCUUUAUGCAACUGAGGAUAAUGGGAAUGGCCAGGAGGACGAAGAGACCUAUUAGCAUCUCUUCUUGGUUAUGUUUCAUUUCCAUAGCAGGUCACUUACUUAAGGAUGGUUUUGCCCCGCCUGAAGAACAAGAUGGAGAUGUACUGGUACCCGGAGAUGAGGAGGAAUACUAGCCUUGUUUUUAAGAACAGAAUAUUAUUAAGUGAAAUGCGUUUUUGUUUAUCUAGUUCACGAGCCAGUACCGCUAUCAGUCGCGUCAGUACAUCACCCUGUAUAGCUGUUUAAGCGCUAAGAUGUGUCGAAAUGGCUUGUUAUUAAAUGUUUGUAUGUAUACUGAAUUUGAAUCAAUAUCGUAUGCAUUUUUUCAUCUAGGUCUUAACGUUUAUGUUGAUAUACUGAUGUUCAAUACAAAUUUCACUUAUUCGCCUGAAUAUUGUUAAAAAUAGUUGAAGUAAUGUUUCGAUUCUAGUUAAUUUUUUUUAACCAGAAAUAUAUGCUAAUCACAUCGAUCAUCUUUGCGUUGAGUUAUUUCAUUGUAAAUCAGACUGAGGAUGAUUCAAUUUCGAACAAAAUUGGUCACUUUUCUGAGUUCUGUAUAUAGGUACCUAUAAUACGCAUCUAGGAUUAUAUUUAAAAAAAUGUUGAUAUACGCAAUUCAAAGUAAGCGCAUCAGCUAAAUUAAUCUCUGCCUCUGAGAAAUGUUGUUUAUCUAAAUUUUAAUCAGCCUCGGUAACAACGUCCCGUGAUUCUGUAUCAGAUGAAAAUUUCGAAGUUUGAAAAACUAAAUCCAAGAGGACCUUUGGAUUUUUUGCGAUACAGAAAACUGAGUGCGCUUCUUUUCACUACAAAAUAAAACAAUUGUUCAUCCUAUGUGGAUAUUAUGAUGAUGAAGUAGAUGUUUACUCAAACUUUUGAUUUUUUCUUCUGUGACAUUGAAAUCAAUAAAGUAAAUUUUUUAUUCGACAUGUCCACAUGUAAGUAACACGUCAAAUUUACAGUUGUGGUUCAUGUAGACGUCAAGCUCAUUCUUGUUUGAUGAAAAUUAUAGUUUGCAAAGAAAAUGACUGUAGUUCUUUUGUACACGUUAUGGUUUUUAAACUAUAUUUUUCUCACUACUCGAAAAAGUGGAUCUAUAAAGAACUUUUCUUAUCCGAAUAAAUUAAAAAAUUUUACAACUAGAUUUGCCUUAUCCGUCACCAAUUUCAAGUAUGCAAUUCUUGCGUCUGAGAUUAUGGGACAUAAUUUAUUGGUAUAAAUGGCCGUUUCGAAUAAAUGUUUGUAAUUCUUUUUUUGCUUUUGUGUCACUGAUUGUGACUUCGAGAGAAAUACUCUAGCCAAUAAUAUGGUGACCACAGAAUAACGACUCCACGUUUUUCCAGGUGCUUUUAUUCGAAAUAUGAAAAUGAAGUUUUGUCAAGAGUUAUCUGUCCCGUUUUCAGGAUACAGUGACACGAUCAGUGGAAAUAAAUGUACAGAAAACAAUUGAAAUCAGUAUUUUUCUCACAAGUGAAAAGGUAGUGAGUAAAUAAUAAAAAUCUAGGAAUACCAGUCACUGAUUAAUUUAAUGAACCUUACAUUGAUCACAGUAUAUUCUAGUACUCGACUGCUUUGCUAUUUUACAAGGGAUAUUGUUUUCCAACAUUUACAUUUCACAGUUUGAUUCAUUCAAAAUUUGCCACCAUGAAAGAUAUUGUGUACAUUUAUAUUGAAGCUGAUCAAAUACAUGAGACAUGUAUCUUAUGAGUGAGGAAGUGAAGAAUUGAAUAAUAACUAUAAAAUCAGUUUUUUACAUAAAGUUCAUUGGUUCUUUGAUCGUGGGAUUUUGAAAUAGUAUAAUUAUAUUAAUACUGUCUGAUUAAGGUUAAUUUUCUUUCAUAUUAUGUAUUCAUAAUUAACCUGAACAUGGUGAGGAAAACAUUCGUUUUUGCUACAUUCGUCUUAUGUAUAAUUACAGAUUAUCAAAAUAAAUUCGAAAUUACUAUUCGAAAGUAUUCAAUGAUGUCACGUUAGGUUGUGAACGUUUGUAUCGAUUAUCAUUGAAUAUUCAGGAUAAAUGUUCAUAUUUUUAAUACAAUCAAAAUAAUUACACGUGUGAUGUUUCAAUAUUUUUACCCUUGUGCUAAUCUGAUAAUAAAAUUCGUGCUGUGAUUUUAAGCGAAAAGAAAAAUCGAGCAAAAUUAAGUAGUAUACUUUAGCGAGUUGUAGCUUAUUCUCACCAAUUGAUAUUAUAUUACUAAAAAUGAGUGAAACCAGUAAAAAUGUUGCUAUACAAGUAAUUAUGAAUUUGUUAUUACACUUUAAUUUUACACAUUCUUGCUACUUAUGAAAUAAUGUAUUAUGGUACGAACUUUUGUAUGCGCCUAUAAAUUGACCUUUAUUAUAAUUCGAAAUAACGAUAGAUAUAUCUUGUGGUAAACGUAAAGAGGUGUUUGAAAAUUGAAAUAAUGAAAGUUAAUAUCGCCAAAACAUGAAUUUGAAUGCUCUUAAAUAAAAUAUGUUGAUGCUAAACCUUCAAGAUGUAUAUUGAUAUAAUAACGUGUAGAACCGUAUGACUUUUCAAAAUAUUUGAAAUUGAAUGCCAAACAUUUGAGAUAAUGUGCUUAUUGGCAGACGUUGGUAUUAUCAAUAAUAACCCUGUCCUAUAAUUGAGAGUUGGAAAUAAUACAUUUCUUACAUUGAGUGAAACAGCAUACUUGCAUCUUAUAUGUACAAUUGUACGAUAUUAAACAGUCUGACAUAAGUUUGUUAUUUACAUAUUCAUAGUAAGCAAACUUUUCCAAUUUUGUUGUAAAAAAUUUAUCAUUCAUGUGCCUAUACAGCGUAUCGUUAUAUACCAGCAGUAUAUUUAGACCUGAAAACUGUAAGUCACAUGGUUCAUUUAUUUUCAAAACCACAACGACCAUUUUCUUCCAGUUCAACUUAGUCUAUCCUUAAUUAUGUUACUGCUCAGUUGUAAUUUCUUCAAAUCUAGUGAACAAUAAUAAAACUAAAAAUUCAUUAAUCCAAUA